AUGUUGCGACCGGCGACUCCCAUGUCGGUGCUGCUCUUUGCGGCCUUCGCAUUGCUUCUGCUGUCUACCCUAUCGACCCCGAUUAUCAAGGCCAUUCCGCUGGGCAGUUUUAAGGGAGCCAACUUUGGAGUCUUUGGAGUGUGUAAGGCAAACGGCGCUUGCGAAGGUCCUGAGAUUGGCUAUGACACGACACGAGUUUUUGGAGCUGCGGACAGCAAGGGGGCCUUUGAUCUUCCAGACUCUGCCCGAAACACCCUCUCCGCCAUCUUGAUCGUACAUCCUGUCGCGGCUCUUGCGACCCUCAUCAUGUUUAUCAUGGCCGCCGUCGCUCACCUUCACUCACCCUCUCACUCAGCGAGAUAUCUUCUCGCCCUCUUCAUCUUCUCCUUCAUCGAUUUCCUCAUCUGUCUACUGGCCUUCCUCGUUGAUGUUCUCCUCUUCGUCCCUCACAUGGCAUGGGGCUCAUACAUCGUUCUUGCUGCUACUAUCCUCGUUGGAAUGAGUGGUCUGGUCUCUUGUGCCAUGCGCCGCAUGCUGGUUAGCAGAAAGGCUAGGAAGAAGAGGAUCGCUGAGAACGCCGAGAUGAGCGGAGAGAACUACUACAACCGCGAAGCCCAGGUGAAGACUUCUGCAUCAGUCGCCUCUCAGCCUGCUUUUCCCGUUGUCAGCGGUGGAAACGGCAUUGACAAAAUGCCGACUUUUGCCUCAUUUGAAUCUCAGAAGAAGGAUGACCAGGUCAGCGAUGAACGCAUCCCUCUCACAGCAAGAAGUCCCGUCAAUGGCUCUCAAGGCGUCAUGACCGCAAGUGAUGCUCCUCCUUCACGAUCUGGCUCUGCUCCGCCGAUCCAGAGAGAUCCUUACGGAAACCCGAUGCCGCCUCAAGAUGGUUUUGGACCAAGGAGAGGGCCCUCGCAAGAACGCAUGAGAGGCAGAGGCGGCAUGCCUCCUGCAGGAUUCAGAGGACGCGGUGGUGGUUAUGGUGGCAGAGGUGGAUACAAUGGCUACGGCCCUCCGCCUCCAGGAAGAGGCGGCUAUGGGCCUCCCGGGCGAGGAGGUUACGGUGGCCCCCCUCCCGGCGGUCGAGGCGGAUAUGGACCGCCACCGCCUCGGGGCGGUUUUGCACCAAACGGUAUGAGAGGAGGCCGCCCACCUCCGCCGGGCUAUCAGCCCGGGCCUGGCGGUCCCGGUGGUCCUGGACCUUACGAUCGUCGACCCAACCCAGCCAACGGCUAUGGCGGCCCCCCUCCCGGUGGCCCCUACGGAAGUCGUCCUAUGGACAUGGCUCCAAGUUACACCGGUGCGAACAACAGCACAAACCCAUCCCUCCCAUCUAUCCCUCAGCAACAGCAGGGAUAUGAAGCCUACAACCCUGAUCGUCAGAGCUUGCCGAGAGCUGAAUCACCACCGCCUCUCCCUGGCCAUGAUGGACCCCCGCCGGUCGGUCACGCCGUUGAGAUGGACGCAUCUACAGGAAGCCCCGCCCAAUCACCUCCGGGCUUCGGUCAGUUCCGUGACAGUGACGCUGACAUCGCUGGCAUGGUCGGACUUCAGCAGCAACAAAGCGGUGAAAACAGAUCCCACCCGCAGCGACAUGACACGUACAUGAGUGAGGCAAGCAGGUACAGCCAAGACGAUGCCUAUGUCCCGCCUCGUCAGGCUUGGAACCAGAACCAGAGCUCAUCGCGCACGGCGUCUCCGCUGCAACAGCAACACUCUGCUGAGAUGCUUAAUCGAAGCUCGCCUGCGCCAGCAGCCAGUGACUAUUACGAAGAUGUCGAUCCGCGCUUCGCGGACGCGCCAGCACCGGCACCGGCUCCCAGAGCAGGUCCCCCGCCUGGCCUUCAGGUACCUCUACCCGCGCCCAAUAUGUAUGAUGACGCUCAUGCGGAUGCCGGUGCACGUAGUCCUGGCGCCGAGUCUGAUCUCUCCAACUUUACCUCGAUAUCCCAGAGAGGGGUUAACCCGAGGUGGAAUCCUGCGCCGCCUAUGCCAGGUUAUGGUCAGCCGAUGCCGCCUCGACGGCCCGUCCAACAGCGACGGCAAGACAUGCUGUUGAACAACAAUCCCGACUUUGAGCUUCCUGGCAGUCGGUUCGGUCCCCCAUCCAGAGCAGGAGGCACCGGCAUGAUACCCGGCAGUGCAUACCCGCAAGGCCUCUAA